UUCGCGCAGCUGCCACCUCAGGGUCCGUCACCUCCCUCCUGGUUAACGAGCACCUGUCGUCCCAGCAUCCUUUGCGUGUCCAAUAUGGAAGAACUGGCGGUGGAGGUCCGUGGCUCCAACGGGGCUUAUUACAAGGGCUUUGUCAAAGAUAUCCACGAUGACUCUCUCACCAUUGCCUUUGAGAACAACUGGCAGCCAGAACGCCAGGUGCCCUUCUGUGAUGUCAGGCUGCCACCACCCUCUGAUGCCAAGAAGGAGAUUGGAGAGGGCGAGGACGUGGAGAUUUUCUCCAGAGCCAAUGACCAGGAGCCUUGCGGUUGGUGGUUGGCUAAAGUCCGUAUGAUGAAGGGAGAUUUUUAUGUGAUUGAGUAUGCAGCCUGUGAUGCCACCUACAAUGAGAUUGUGACCUUUGAGCGCUUGCGGCCCGUUAACCCCAACAAGGCUAUCACCAAGAACUCCUUCCACAAGUGCACUGUCCCUGUUCCUCAGGAUCUACAAGAAGCGUGCCAGAAUGAGAACGCCCAUAAAGAAUUCAAGAAAGCCGUGGGAGCCUGUCAUGUCUCAUACUGCCCUGAGACCAGCCAACUACUGAUUGUGUCCACCAAUGAGACGACAGUAAAACGUGUGUCUUUGCUGAGUGACAUGCACCUGCGCAGCCUCAGGACCAAGUUGCUUCUAAUGUCUCGCAACCAGGAGGCCACGAAGCACCUUGAGAGCUCCAGGCAGCUGGUGUCAUCCUUCCAGGAGGAGUUCAUGGUGAGACCUGAUCUGAUGGGCCUGGCCAUUGGUAGCCAUGGCAGCAACAUCCAGCAAGCUCGGAAAGUUCCCGGUGUCACUGCCAUUGAAUUGGAUGAGGAGACUGGCACUUUCAGGAUUUAUGGAGAGACAGAAGAAGCUGUGAAGAAGGCCAGGAACUACCUGGAGUUUCUGGAGGAUUCUGUUCAAGUGCCAAGAAACCUUGUUGGUAAAGUGAUUGGUAAGAACGGUAAGGUAAUCCAGGAGAUUGUGGACAAGUCUGGUGUGGUGAGGGUCCGGAUUGAAGGAGACAAUGACACCAAGCAGCCUCGACAGGAAUCGACACAGGGAAUGGUCCCCUUUACCUUUGUUGGUACUAAGGAGAGCAUUGGUAAUGUCCAGGUCUUGUUGGAGUAUCACAUCUCUUACCUCAACGACAUGGUGGAGCUUCUUGCAGCGGGCCAGCAGCUAGAGGAAGAGCUGAGGCAGAUUAUGGAUUAUACACAGGGAACCAACCUAGCAAGAUUCAGAAUAAGCAACAAAAGAGACUCACAAUUUUGUGUAGAUGAGAUUGAGCAGCUUCGUCUUGAACGAAUGCAGAUUGAUGAACAGCUACGUCAGAUUACCCAGGGCCAUCGGCCGGCUGACAGGGAGAGAGGAGGAGGAGGAGGAGGGCAUAACGCAGACAGCAGUGCCAACGCCUCUUCAUCAUCUUCACAUGUCAGCCGCUCCUACAGUGGUCGAGGACGUGGACGCAGAGGCCACAGCUACAGCACAGGAUAUGGCACCAAUUCAGAGCACUCCAAUGCCUCCGAGACUGAUUCAGAGCGAAGGGAUGAGCUCAGUGACUGGUCCCUGGCUGGAGAAGAUCAAAACAGAGAGAGAGAGAGAGGCCCUAGACCAAUGCGAGAUGGGCGUAGAAGGCCAGGCCCAGGCAGAGGCCGAGGAGGGCCUGGAGGAAGGGGGAGAGGAGGAAGAGGAGGAUACAGCUCUGGACCUCGGGACCAUGAGGACAACCAUACCUAUGGAACCUUGGACACAAACACAGAGACAGACCAGACGGCCGAUACAGAUGCUAGCGAGUCUAACCUGCCUGCGAACCGUCGCAGAAGAUCUCGACGUCGCCGAACAGAUGAAGACGCCACGCUGAUGGAUGGCAUGAGCGAGUCAGACAAUGCCUCAAUGAGCGAAAAUGGAAUCGAUGAGACUGAAGCUAAACCCCAGCGACGCAACCGUAGUCGCCGUCGCCACGUGCAUCUGCCUCAAGAGAGGCAGCCAGUAACCGUGGCCGACUACAUAUCCAGGGCUGAAUCUCAGAGCAGGCAGAUGACCACCAAGGACACAAAGAAAAACAAGGAUGUGGGUCAGGUGGAUACCAUUGCUGAGCACAGCCCGCAAUCUGUCUUGGCAUCCACCAAUGGUUCUAAUAAUAACGCUGCUGACAGUGAAGACAACAAUGCCGCCAGUAGGUCUUCCACCGAGAGGCCUGCCAAGGUUUCCUACAAGGAGGACUCAGGUCCACAGCUGGUUGUUAACGGUCUCUCUUAGUCAGAUUAAGCAAAGGAAAUAGUUUCAAAUUUAAACAUCUUUGGCUGCACUUGAUUAAAUCCUCUUGUCUUUAAAGCAGCUUUAAAGCUGAAACAUUUAAAAACAACAUGCACUGUUUAUUUACUUUCCAAAUAUUUGAAACCUGUUUCACUGUGCAAGUUAUGGACGUCUGAACAUUAACUUCCCCUUUACACUGAAUUCUGUCCAACUAUCCAUUUUACACAUUCUCUCUCUUUUUUUUACAAUAGUUCUUCCAGUAUGAGCUUGCCAAAGAUAGUCACCGACAUCCCUACUGUACCUUUCGGUCCACUAUUCAUUAACAGCUUACGCUAAGGUUGGACUGAAUGCAGUAUUUUUCAAAUGUAGAAAGGGAUUCCACUCAGUUCAUACUGUGGUAUAAAUGCAGCUGUUCUUUUUCAUGGGGGAAAGUAACACCACAGCAGGCCAUUAGAAGAGAAGUCUGCCUCAGAUCAGACCGAGAGGUGUUUUGUGCAUCUGACGUACUUUGUAAACUAAAUGUUCUGCAUGAGCAGUACCACAGUGCAGAUUUUGUUGGAAACCCGAGUAAAUCUAAGAUACAUGUGAUCAGCUGUUGUGCCUUGAGAGUAGAAUCAACAAGUUGUUGCCUGGCUCUGCACACCAUCUGAAAUCAUUUCAUCUAUUUCUGUGUUACUUAGUUGCCCUCAUCUACCAGUUAAACUAUCUCAAUGUGCUCUUUGUACUCUCAUGGCGCUCUAGGCAGGUGAAAUGAUUUCAGAGGCAUAUCUUUUUCUUUUUUAAAUCAGGUGUGUCUGUUCUUAAUGUUUGUGGAGAAAAUGAGUCUAGUUAACCUUUGUAUAUGUACCUGUUGAGGAGUUUGACAUUAGCUGCUUUCUCUUUUUCAAUAUGCAACCAAUUGAGUCGUAGACAAAAUGUUAUUACAGCGUGUCUGGAGAAGAAACAAUAGAAGAGUUGUUUUCUUUGCACUGAAACAUAACCAUUUUCUGUUAAAAAAAAAAAGUGGAUUGUAAUUAAGUCUGAAAACUGACCUGUUACUGUUUAGUGCUGGACAGAGAUGUAGACAUCAGUGCUGGGUUUCCUAGAAACAUGUCAUUGCUAAUCAUUUGACAGUUUUAUUAAAUAUUAACAGAACAAUCCUUAUACAUGUUGCAGUGGUAAAAAUGAGAUGUGCUGAGAUGUUUCUGGAAAACCGAGCUCAGGUGACGACGUUGUCAUUUUUAUGGUUCUUCCACAGACCGACUGGCUGGAAACUGGUCAUGACUGUUUCACUUAGGAAGGAGAUUUAUUUGGAUUAUUUAUUAAAAAAAUGUACAGUAUUUAAAAAAAGAUAGCUCUUCUUUUUCUUGACACUAAAACACGUGUUUGUUGCUAAGAGUUCUUUUGGAGACAGUUUGGACUACUGAGAGUUGUAACAUCCCAAGUGUUUUUGUUGGGUCAACUACAGUAUGUUUUUUUUUUCCUUUUUGCUUUUUUUUAAGGAACGUUCUGGUUGAUGUGCAAUAUGUUUUGUAUGCAGGUAGUUCUUAAAUAAACUUGAUCUUCCAUUUAGAUCUAAA